UCCCCAAAUAAUUGUAAACAUAAACACGAGUUGUGUUGACACGAGUGGCUCACAGACACACACUUUGACACCACAGGUAUCACUGGACUCACGAGGGAUAUGGACAUCAAACCGGAAAACAUGCUGUCAUUGAAAGUGGGUCGGGUUGUGUCCAAACAGACACCUGUCAAGCAUUUCAUCACUCAAGAGGAAUAUAACUCAUACAUUGGAACCGAUGACACGAUUGAGACCUUAAGACUGGCCCCCAAUCUGACUGAAGAGUGGCGUCUUUUGCCGCAGAACUUCGGAAACGUAUAUUUGGGCGAAACGUUUGCUUUUGUCAUAAACUGUACCAACGAUUCGGUCAAAGAGAUGGUCACCGAUGUUGUCGUCCGCAUUGACCUACAGGUCGGCAAUCGGGCCGUCAUUUUAGGCGAAAUGAAAGCAUCGGUUUUGGACGCAAAGCAAAGUCUGAACGAUAUUAUGAAACACGAGGUCAAAGAACUGGGUCCUCAUGUGUAA